AUGCCCAGAACCAACACCACCUCUACCACCCUCCCCGUCCCUCCCCAACCGCGCCCCCGCCCCACCCACAAGCGCUUCCCCUCUCUCCCCUUCCUCCUGCGAAACCAGCGCCUGCACCCUGCCCACGCGCCCAUCUCUCAAUCGCACCUUGACGCCGCGCGGAUGGUCGCCGCGCGUGAGCAGAGUGGCGACGAUGCCGUGGACGCGGUGGCCCGUUGGCUGGUCUGCUUUUAG